UACAUAUAAUCCUAUUAUUUAUUAAAUGUAUAUAUACACAACUACCAAAUCAUCAUUUCAAUAUAGUUAUAAUAACUAAAAACUAACUAGUACUACAAUUUCCUACUCAAUUAAACUCUACUAUACUAGCCUACUACUACUAUGGAUCAUUUCUACUCUGCAACUUCAGAUGUGUGGUCAUUCGAAGGAUCAACCGAAACCAUGUCACCCUCCGACAGUUUCAGCAGUAGUCGUCCGAUGAAUUUCUCCGACGAAGAGCUUCUUCUGGCUUCGAGUAAUCCCAAGAAGCGAGCUGGUCGGAAGAAAUUUAAGGAGACACGUCAUCCGGUGUACCGCGGCGUAAGGAGGAGGAAUUCUGGCAAGUGGGUCUGCGAGGUAAGGGAGCCUAACAAGAAGACUAGGAUUUGGUUAGGCACAUUUCCCACUGCUGAGAUGGCGGCGCGUGCCCAUGACGUGGCGGCGAUUGCAUUGAGGGGUCGCUCGGCUUGUCUUAAUUUUGCCGACUCUGCUUGGAAGCUUCCGUCUCCGGUUUCUCUGGACCCAAAGGAUAUUCAAAAGGCGGCGUCAGAGGCCGCCGAGGCAUUCCGGCCAGUGGGGUUGGCGGAGGAGAGUGUGAAAAAGAAAAGAACGGCAACGACGGCGACCUCAGAAACGACGCCGGAAAAUGUGUUCUGUUUGGAUGAUGAGGUGUUUGGGAUGCCGGGGCUGCUGACAAAUAUGGCGGAGGCGAUGCUUUUGUCUCCACCUCACUAUAUGGAUCAACACUAUUAUAGUAGCGAUGACGUGGAUAUUUGUGCUGACGUGUCAUUGUGGAGCUAUUCAGUUUAGAUUUAUUUUCUCUUUAUUGUUGUGUCUAAGCUGUAUAAAGAGUGUAACUUCUAAUUUCUUAAUUUUGAUUGGAUAGAUAGUUUGUUUGUACUAUAAUAGGUGUGAGUUGCAAUGUGUAGCAUUGCUCUCAUUUUGUUACAAAGGUGCACUAGGGAGUUAUUUUGUACCGUGCAAGUAUUUUUUGGUCUUGUACGGUUACCUUUAUUAUAGUCGUAAUAAGUAUUAGAAUGAAGUACUUAAAUAACAACAAUGAAAAAGAGUAAAGUUACUCUUUGUUUGGUAUAA